AUGACAGUGAAGAAGCGACCCUCAGACUUAUCGAGCUUGGAGCGGUUCAACCUGUACUACCGGCAGAAGGAGCCGCCGCUGACCGCGGGACAGAAGACCAAGCGUUUCAUCUGGAACCCUAAGACAAAGCAGUUUUGCGGCCGGACUGCAUCGAGCUGGUCCAAAAUAUGUUUAUUCUACUUCAUCUUCUACUCUGCGCUCGCAAUCCUAGUGGCGAUAUGCAUGUGGACCUUCCUCCAGCUGUUGGACGAUCGACAGCCUCAGUGGCAGUUGGAUGAGAGUAUAAUAGGCACCAACCCUGGCCUCGGCUUCCGACCAACACCUCCAGAAGUUGCCAGCAGUGUGAUCUGGUAUAAAGGAAAUGAUCCUGGUAGCUAUCAUUUUUGGGUGAAUGAGCUGUCCAACUUUUUAAAAGUCUACAAACGCGACGGUAAGAAAGCGGGUGCUGGCCAAAACAUUCACAACUGUGACUUCAAGCUACCGGCGCCAGCGGGCAAGGUCUGCGACGUGGACAUCAGCGCCUGGGGACCUUGCGUCGAGGAAAACAACUUUGCCUAUCACAAGUCCACGCCGUGCGUCUUCCUUAAACUCAACAAGAUUUUCGGAUGGAAGCCGGUCUUCUACAAUAGUUCAGACGCCCUGCCUGAAGCCAUGCCAGACGAUUUGAAGGAACACAUUAGGAAUUUGACAGCCUACGAUAAAAAUUAUCUGAAUAUGGUGUGGGUUUCCUGUCAAGGAGAGAACCCAGCUGAUCGGGAGAACAUCGGACCCAUCCAGUAUCUACCCAACAGGGGAUUUCCUGGAUAUUACUUUCCAUAUACUAACCAAGAAGGCUACCUCAGUCCUCUGGUCGCUGUUCAUUUGCAAAGGCCAAAAACUGGUAUGUUGAUCAACAUAGAGUGUCGUGCGUGGGCGCACAACAUAAUGUACGACAGACACGAGGGCAUGGGCUCUGUACACAUCGAAAUUAUGGUCGAAUAG